GUGAACAGUCAUUUCCUUUGCUCUCCAGACUGCAAGUUGACUUUUAUAGUUGCAGCUAAAGCUUCAAUAGAUCCGCAAGCAACAGCAGAGAUGGGAUUACUUUUCACUGUCCUCCUGCACUGCAUGGAGGUCUGAGGCAAAAAGCAGGCAAUAACAUCCUCUGGAAAAUAAGUAAUAACUAAAGCCUUAAGGGGCCAUGCCGUGCGUCCAGACUCAGUGCGGCUCCUCUCCACAAGGAGCCAGCCCAGCCUCGCAGAGCGCCGGCGGAGAGCGCAGCUGCGACUUCCUCACCCCGGAGUUUGUCAAGUUCAGCAUGGACCUUACUAACAGUGAAAUCUCAGCUGCAACGUCGGGUCCCUGUUUUGGCCCUGUGGGUGACACCGGGUACGACCUGAAGCCCCCGUGUCUCUUCCAAAUGCCGCUGCAGGGAGAGCUUUCAUGCGUCAAGGUUGAGGAUACGCACGGGUGUCCGCGGUAUCAGCCGAAUCAGCAUCACCAGCACCAGUCCGACGAGCUGCUCUCCUCCCCGGGAUCCGUUUAUUAUUACCGGCCUCCGUCGCCGCACACCCCCAUCACAUCCAACUAUCAGACUCCACCGGGACACAUAUGGGACGACUCCGCCUCUUUGUACAGUUUUCGACAAGACUAUUUGGCGGCGGCGCACCGGAAAAACACACUUUCCAGAUUCUCGCUGUUUUCCCUCAAACAGGCGCAACACGGCGGUCAGAGUUUGUCCACCUGUCAAAUGAAAUUUGACGGUUCUCUCCAUGUGUCCAUGAACCUGGACGCAGCCGGGGCGCACCAGCCGCUGGACAGCCCCGGAGUUUUGGGCUCCGCUGUCCACGGAAAGCAGCACGGAGUGGGAUUUCCUCACCCGCUCCAGUUCGCCCACGGCCAUCACUUUAUGGACUACCAGACUUCUUGUGCUGCCAGCCGAGGACCGCUGAGCACGGAGGGGCUGUGCGCGGUGUGCGGGGAUAACGCAGCAUGCCAGCACUACGGAGUGCGCACCUGCGAGGGCUGCAAGGGUUUCUUCAAGCGCACGGUACAAAAAAAAGCCAAGUACGUGUGUUUGGCUGCCAAAAGCUGCCCUGUGGACAAACGCAGGAGGAACAGAUGCCAAUACUGUCGCUUCCAGAAGUGCCUUGUAGUGGGAAUGGUCAAAGAAGUGGUGAGGACGGACGGUCUGAAAGGUCGCAGGGGUCGCCUGCCGUCCAAACCGAAAACUCCUUCGGACUCGUCUUCGCCCGUCAGCACCCUCCUGAGUGCCCUCAUCAGGGCGCAUGUGGAAUCGAACCCUCAACCUUCUCAGCUUGACUACUUCAAAUUCAAGGAGAGUCCAGGAAGCCCACCAGGAGACGACGCUCAGCAUGUGCGGCAGUUCUACGACCUCCUGACCAGGUCGAUGGAGGUGAUUCGAGGAUGGGCGCAGAAGAUCCCGGGCUUCACCUGCCUGCCCAAACACGACCAAGACCUCCUCUUCUACUCGGCUUUCCUGGAGCUCUUUGUUUUACGAUUGUCGUACAGAUCCAACCCAGAGGAGGGGGAGCUGAUCUUCUGCGACGGGUCGGUGUGGCACCGGCUCCAGUGCCUGCGAGGCUUCGGGGAGUGGAUUGACAGCAUCGUUGAAUUCUCCACUAAUCUGCAGAGGAUGAACCUGGAUGUGUCCACUUUCUCCUGCAUGUGCACCCUCGCUCUGGUCACCGCAGAGCGCCACGGACUGAAGGAGCCAAGGAAGGUGGAGGAGCUGCAGAACAACAUCAUCAAGUGUCUGAAGGACGCAGACGGACUCUCGGACUGUUGCUCCAGCCCUAUGUCCAGAAUUUUGGAAAAAUUGCGUGAACUUCGCACUCUGUGCAUCCAAGGCCUGCAGAGGAUUUUCUAUUUGAAGCUGGAGGAUUUGGUGCCGCCGCCUGCAAUAAUAGAUAAGUUAUUCCUCGACACGUUGCCAUUUUAGAGACACGAGAGAAUACACAAGGGGACGUUUUCCUCGAGACUUCUUUGGAUUUAAUCCCAACAGUCAUUCCUGACAGGUUGACAUCUGUGCACUGCAUAAAAAAGACAUUUUAAGACAUUUUAAGAUCUAAUAUUAAGCUUGUUGAAUCGCAUUUUCCUCAAACAGGUAAAAAAAUGAGACUGAAACUAAUUUAUUUGCAGAAUUUUGACCACUUGUGACUUAAUUAUCUUCAUAAUAUCAAGCGAUGUGCUUUGCAAAGUUCGGGUUAAGGAGGACUCAUUUCAUUUACUGUCUGCAAGAAAGGAGAAUUAAUGAAUAGUAUGUCAUUUAUGUUAACUUCAUCUUAUUUUUGCAACGUGAUUUUAACUGCUUGUCAGGACAAAAUGAUGACUGUACGUGUAUUAUAUGUUGAAACAAUUUUACAAUCUUAUAUAGAGGCAGUUUUGAUACAAGACGAGUGUUUCCCAUCAUGUUUAGCUUUUGCAUAAUGUAUAUUAGUCAUAUAGUGAUGAAUACAAUAAUAUUAUUAUAUAGUUUCUGUCAUGGUCUGUUGUGUUCUUAGAGUGAAUUGUCAUUGUCCAUGUUUGAAUAAAU